AUGCUGGCACUCCUUGCCCUUCUGGUCUCGGGGAUCCUCUUCGCUACGCUCAGCCAAGGCAGCUCCAUCACCCUUCGCGCAAACGCAGGAUGUAGCUUUCACCUGUCCACUGGAGGGCCUGCCCCGUUCUGGGUUGGCCAGCUACCAGACGGUCAGGCCCGAGGUGGAAGUGAUAUCCGGGCAUCGACUUUUACUUGGUUCGGCGACGCUUUCGUCGACCAACAGGGUCGCGGCUGUUGGUGGACUCCGCCGUCAAAUACCCUUCAGUGCGAUGUCAACCAGCAGCCAGCUCACGGAUGGGACAUCCCCUGCAACGGUAUCACGACUUACAACGGCCAGUCUACCUUCUACCAGUGCAAGACCGGGGACGGUGGUCAAGUGAACCUGUACCUACAAUCGAUUGGGCCUCAAUGUCAGCAGGUCACCUUGAUAUCGGACGGAUGCACAGACUGCCAGAAUUCUCCGGGGAAUGGCGCAUCUGCUGGGCCCCAGCCUGCUUCGACAAGUAGUAACUCCAAUACCGUGCCCUCUGUUACACCAUUCACAACAAGCCCGAGCCCCCCAGGAAGUUCCAGUCCAACAAGCCCUUCCGGAAACGCAGGCCCAAGACCUACUGCUCUGCCGCCUCCUGCCAAGGACUGCUCCGCUGAUUUGACCAACACGUUUCAUUACCCCUCGCUCCUCGUCCCCAUCGACGUGGCGAAUCCUGACAAAGCCUACGGCUCCUCAGCGUACGGUCAGGUGUCCCCCAACGCCAGCACGCUCUUCAACUUUGACUUUCCGGCCGCUGAUGCCGGCAAAUCGUGCAAGGUCUUCUUCUCGCUGCCCUCACAGUCAGUCCUCCAGUCUCAGCAGGGGAGCAGCUACUACUUCACUGGCGACGGCUCCGUGGUCUUCUCGAGGAUGGGCAGUGCCGCGAGCGCGGCAACGACGUACAACGACAUAGCCCAGGGGCGUAUCGGCAGGAACGACCUGGGGGCCCUGAAACUACAGCCCGGCAACACGUACGUCAUCGAGACCUUUGCGUGUCCAGCCGGCCAGGGGGUAAGCUACAUGGUAGCGGAGCCGGCCGGUCGUGAUACCUGUCUGAUUUACUACCAAGAAGGGGCACCCGUACCGGUGGGAUUGUUCGUCUCAACCUGCUGA